AUGCAUUUUAUUAAAAAAACGGAGAAAAAGUUUAAAUCAUUAUUAAAAACUCGUUGUAGUAAUCAUCAGGAAUUACUCGAAGAUCCAUGUGUAAAAGAAGCAAGUCAAUUCUAUUUUGCAUGUAGGAAUGGAGAUAUCGAUACAGUCAAACAAAUAUUACCUACUAUUCCUUAUGAUCAAUUGAAUCAAUUAGAGCUUAAUGGUAGUACUGCUCUUCAUGCUGCAACAUAUUUUGGUCAUGUAGAUAUUGUUCGUUUACUUCUACAUGAAUAUAGUUGUCAACGAAAUAUACAAGAUCAUCAUGGUUUCAUGGCAUAUGAAAAAGCACAAACAGAUGAAAUGCGACAACUCUAUAAUCGAUCGUCAAAUGGAAAUCGAUUUAAUGGCGAUUCAACGGAUAUCAAACAAAGAUUUGAAAUACUUUCAUCAUCAUCAAUAAGUAAAAUUAUAAUCGACGGUCAUGAUGACGACGAUGAUGUUGCCAAACCCAAUCAACGGUAUCUUAUCGGUUAUGAAACAAAUGAAGAAGUCAAAAGCCAAUUAGAUAAUAUCAAUAGUUCUAAAGUAUUCUUUCAAUCACGAAUCGGACGAUAUAUAAUGGGACAAAGAAUGAAAUUAAAACUUGGAAAAAAAGAUGAUUAUGAUGAAGAAGAAUAUUCUUAUGUUACAAGUGAAAAAUUUCAACAAGAAUCUUUGCAAAAAAUCUUGGAUGAACAUGUUACUUCAAAUCAUCCUGACUAUCAAUAUUGCUGUCAGCUACUCAAUGAAUAUAUUCAACAAGGUACAAUUGAAUCUCUAUUAAAACUCUAUACAUUGGAAACACCAUUUUAUCGUAAAUUAUUGUCAGGACCAAGUCCAUUAAAAUUUCCACUUUUAAUGCAUUUAUCAGAUUUAAAACAACGUUAUUAUCAAGGAUAUUCCUAUCGUGGUGUUCAAUUGACUCAAGAUGAAUUAAAUGAAUAUCGUUGGGCAUUGAAAAAUAAAGAUAGUGUUUUAUCAUUGCUUACAUUUGCAUCAACAUCUAUUAAUCGAAAUGUAGCUGAGAAAUUUUGUGCAAAAUCUUCAUCAUCAUCAUCAGAUAAAAUAAGUGUCUUAUUGAUAUUUCAUUUUUCUCGACCAUGUGAUACAGCAAUAAACUUAGGUAAAAUACCUGUAUAUCAACUACCAUGUAUAUCAAAUUUUGAAAAUGAAGAUGAAGUAUUAAUUAGUCCACGAACAUUUUUCAAAGUGACAGAUAUUGAAUUUGAUCAACCUUAUGAACAAUAUACGGUUUAUUUGGAGAAUGUGUGUGGAGAACAACAAACUAUGUUGAAAGCAUUAAAAUUCUUCCUUCCAGAUGGCUCGAAGAAAAAAACUAGUAAAUGAUUCAAAUAUGAAUCAUUUAUUCUGCACUAAUAAUUGAAGGUUUUCCCGAGAAUGAAACUAUGUCAAUGAAUAAAAAAAGAUAUGAGAGAAAUGUAAUAUAUGACUAAAAUCAUUGUAAUUUUUGUAUUGUAAAUAAAUUUUCAAAGAAUUAUUCUUUAUGUUUACUCGAAAUCAAUGUGCUUGAAUUUAAAAUUCUUAAUUUUCGAAAUAGAUGAAGAUAUACUUGGUACAUGAGGAUGUGAGUGUAGACA